UCCCCGGGCGGGGAGGAAGGCGGGCGGUUGUGGCGGGCUGGUGUCCGGGCCUGCCGGGAGGGAGCAUGGCUGCGAGGGAGGGUGGCGGCGUGGUGCUCGGCAAAGCGGCCGAGAAGCUUUUCUCCCUCAGCGGGCUGUUCGCCGUGUACAAGCCCAAGGGGCCCACCUCGGCCGGCGUGCUCAACCUCCUGAAGGAGAAGCUGCUGGCAGAAGCUGGCGUGCGAGCAAAUAGGAGCAAAAGAAAUCAGGUUUUGAAAAUUGGACAUGGUGGAACUUUGGACAGUGCAGCUGAAGGAGUUCUGGUGAUUGGUAUCGGAAAAGGAACAAAAAUGCUGGGAACUAUGUUGGCAGGUUCCAAGAAGUACACUGCUAUUGGACUACUGGGCAAAGCUACUGAUACAUUAGAUGCUACAGGAAAAGUAACUGAAGAAAAACCUUAUGACCAGGUAACAAAAGGAGAUCUUGAAAAUGUGCUACAGAAGUUCACAGGGGACAUAAUGCAGGUUCCUCCACUCUAUUCUGCUUUGAAGAAGGAUGGAGAAAGGCUAUCAACGCUAAUGAAGAGAGGAGAAGCAGUCGAAGCAAAGCCUGCUCGGCCAGUAAGAGUGUACAGCCUGUCUCUCCAACAGUUCCACCCACCACUGUUCACACUGGAUGUUGAGUGUGGCGGUGGCUUUUAUGUCAGGAGCCUGGUCAGUGACAUUGGCAAAGAACUCUCUACCUGUGCCACUAUGCAAGAGCUGACCCGAACCAAACAUGGGCCAUUUACUCUGGAGGAGCAUGCCCUUCAUGAAGAUAAAUGGACAAUUGAUGAAAUUGCACGAUCCUUAGAGCACUGCACAUCUCUUCUCCCAGGAGAGCCAUCUCAUAAAAAAUUGAAGGCAGAGCAUCCUGGUGAAACUGCUGUGAGCUGUGAGGAUAAGUGAUAAGUUAGGUCAAGGAAAAAGACUGAAUGAUUGAGACAUUCUAAGAUUGGAUUGGGAUUGUCUUGCCUCCUGUGUGUAUCUGCAAGUCUGUACUGAAAGGGUGACAAACAGCAGUGCAAGAAAAAUGGUUCUUUUGUUUUCUGGGCUGAGAACAUGCAUUGAAAAUAUCCAGCUCUUGCUGUUUCCUUAUCUGUUUAUUUUCCUUCUUGCACUCUGUAAAAUGGAUCUGCCACUGAUGUCAAAUUUUCAUAAAGUUGUAAAGAGCUUGUAGGGUGAAAUAUACCCGUUGUUGCUAAUUCCUCAGUAAAAAUAUAAAUGUUAAGGUUUGAUAAA